AUGACCAAGCACUGCACGUUUGAAGAUUCUCCGCUUACUACGCCGCUUACUUUUAGCAAUGAAGAGACUGGAUAUUCUCUCAAGGAUGAAGACGGCGCAACAUUGGACCUAAGCACCAAUCACCGGCGCACCUGGGUGCACGUUUUCAUAAGAUGUCUACAGAAUAUGAUUGGAGUGAUCAUCUUUAUCCGGAUUCAAUGGAUCACGGAGGAAGUAGGAUUAGGUCUGACCAUUGGUUUCAUAGCCCUCGCAGCUUUAGUCUCGAUCCUGACCACGAUCACAAUUGCUGCGUUUUGUACAGAACAGAGGAACGGCUUCUUUGCGACGAUUGCGGCAUUCUGCAGCCCAGCAGUAAGUGCAGGACUAGCGGUACUGUAUGUCAUCAGCAACGUUAUUGCCUAUGCAUGUUUCGCUGUGGGUUUCGCCGAAACUCUGGUGAAUUUCCUCAGAAACGCCGGAUUUUUCAUCAUUGAUGGCUCCACUAAUGAUAUGCGCAUCAUCUCAACCCUUUUUUGCCUCAAUGCUACGGUAAUUGCUAUGUUACGUUCCACGGAUAACUUCCGCUGUCGUUUUGCGGUUCUUCUGCUCGUAUCCAUUGCUGUACUUAUGCAAAUUGUUGGUCUUUUGACACCAUCGCUUAUCAUCCAUAAAAGGAUCAAUUCGACGACAUGGAAAGCUUCCGACUUCAAUCCGUAUGGUGAGAGAGCAAUGGGUUUCAUUGUGUAUUUCCCUGCAGCAACCUGUAUUUUUGCUGGUCUGACAUUAGGAGGGAAUUUCCGUAACAAAAAGGAGGACAUCUUUCGCGGAACAUCCCUGGCGAUCAUUGUCUCCUCGCUUUUGUACCUCAUUACUGCUUCUCUAGAAGCACGUUUUAUCGCUGUUAGUCCAUUGGUGCUUGAGGCUGUCACCGGUACAAAGAAGAAUUUGAAAGCUGUGGCAAUACUCAAGUCACUUCCUGUGACGGUUGUCGCCCUAAUUUCUAUGUUCUACUGCUCCUAUACAGCAAUGGUUACAGCGGCGCGAACUGCUCAGGAAGUUGCCAAAAGUCCGAGUCUUGUACCGGGUUGGGACAAGCUAACUCGACCGUAUGGUAAAGAGCAAAAUCCUCGUAAAGCUUACAUUUUAAUCACAAUUGCGGCGGUGAUUAUAAGCAUGUUAGCUGAUUUUAAUCGAGUGGCGAGUAUAAUGACGAUCUACUACUUGAGCACCUACUGUCUGUUAAACUACACAGCGUUUAUGGCAUCGUUGAAAACGGAAAAACCCAUGUUUCGCUAUUUUCAACGGUGGAUAGCGUUGCUUACCUCAUUUCUAUGCGUUCAUUUGGUUCUUGCAAUCAGCUGGGAGUUGACAAAUGCAGCAAUUUUGACCUUCUUCAAGUUCUAUAUCUUCGUAAAAUAUCAUCAAUCACGGUCUAAGGGAGACCAAAAGAUUGCUGGCUCAUCCUACACAACAGCUCUUGGAGGGCUCAGGAACAUGGGAAGGGAAAGGGACUCCGGCUAUAAGCCACAGAUUUUGCUCCUAACUGGAAAUCCGGCAGCUCGUCCAGCACUCGUAGAUUUCGCGAACAAUAUCCUCAGAGGUCGUUCAUUGCUAACAUGCGGAUAUGUUAUUCCGUUCAAACCAAAUAGUCGUACUUAUAUGAUGACCGAUAAAGUGGACCGACAAAUGUGUGAAUGGUUCACAAAUCGCCAAAUUUACGCCUAUCCAUCGAUAGUGGCUAACGAGGAUUUGGCAGACGGUGCAACGACUUUGCUGCAGGCAACUGGUGUAGGAAAAAUGCGUCCAAAUAUUCUCAUGGUCGGUUUUAAGACCAAAUGGGAGCAGCGCGGUGGGAGCAACAUCGAUAACCUCAACACUUUCUAUGAGAUUAUCCUUAACGGAUUCGAAAAAAACGUUGGUGUAGCGAUUUUCCGCAACUCAGAUAUUGGCUUUGACCUAACAGAACGCCUGAAAAAAGGAAAGCACUCAACUGCUGGCUCGGAAGCCGACGAGAAUGGAAUCGACCUGGAUCCUUACUUGCAAAGCAACAGCACCCAGACAAGUCAGCCACCAUCUCGGAAAACCUCCAAAGUUGGAGGUCUAUUCCGGAACGUUGCUUCCUUCGUGCGUGCAGGUCACCUAUCUGAGGUUCCGGAAACGAACGACGAUGACAAAACGAAAAAUCGCUUUCAAUUAGUGCCGAAACAUAGCGUAAAAGAUCUUCAAGAAUCCGAAUUAAUUGCACAAUUGGAGCGUUUUAGAACAAGAGUCCAGAAAGGCACUAUAGAUGUCUGGUGGCUCAAGGACGACGGUGGUUUGACGCUUCUGUUACCAUUCCUGCUCCAACUUCCUGGAGCUUAUCUGGAAGGCGCUCGUCUUCGAGUAUUCGUCCCAGGGGGAACGAACGAUCGUCUUGCUAACGACCAAAAACAUAUGGCAGCACUGUUAAAGAAGUUCAGGAUCGCUCCCACAGAUCUACACGUGAUUAGCACACUAGGAAAGGCACCCAGCCGAGAAAUAAUGUCCGAGUUCGACCGAUUCGUGUCCAUUUUCAAGCAGGACGAAAGCGGUCAAGUAGGGCUUAUUAGGGAGGAAGAUCUUCAAACCUUCCAGAGCAAGACCAAUCGCUACCUGAGGAUAGGAGAACUACUGCAGGAAAACAGCCGUGAGGCUGAUCUCGUCAUCUUGACGUUACCAAUCCCACGACGAUCGGCGAUACCUUCAGCGUUGUACAUGUCGUGGUUGGAGAUGAUGAGCCGAAAUCUACCACCCACACUUUUUGUCCGAGGAAAUCGAACUUCAGUGCUGAGCUACUUCGACUGA